UCAUGCGCCAAACCAAAUAUAAUAACAACCGACGGUACGUACAUGGGGCCGGCAGAAUGUCAACAUCAUCUUGAAUGCCCGUUGUCUCUGAGAUGGCCGUUUUCUUCACGAAUACAUGCAAGUUCAGCGGUUGUACUCUCACAUUCUCAUCCCUAGGCCAACUCAUCGAGCACAUUGAAGACACGCAUAUAGAUUCUGAUCCCCAUUUUGUUGAAGAACAAGAAGGACAACAACCCUCAGCCGUGGCCCUUAGCUACGUCAUCAAGUUUGUGACCGAUGCUGCAAAGCACGUCCACCAUGACACAACACCAGUGGUUAAGAAACGACCCAAACCCAGUGCACCCAGUGUGGCUACUAUCAGAAGUAUAACACCGAGUACAGGGAGUGAAUAUGAUGAAUUUGACGAGUUAGGCUCGGAGUCCGACAGCGACAAUUCGUGGACGACUCAAGAGGAGUACACCUCCGAUGUCAUCCUCCGGACGAUGAAUCCUCAGAUCGGAGACGACAAACCCUACCUUUGCCCCGUCCCGGGUUGUAAAAAGCGCUACAAGAACGUCAAUGGAAUCAAGUACCAUGCGAAAAACGGUCACCGCAAGGAGAACAAGGUGAAGAAGAGUUACAAAUGCCGAUGCGGGAAGAGCUAUAAGUCUGCGCAGGGUCUCCGCCAACACGUCAACAUUCAGCAUCCACCGACGACGCUCACCCCCAGCGCCUCCCCCAAGCCGCAGCAGACCGCGGUGACGGCCGCCACGCCCAUCCUCUCGGCGAAUCAACUGGGACUGGCACUACAGAGUGCCAAUCUCAUUGAGCAGCCUAAGAAGAUUGUGGUUAAUACGACGGGGAGUGGCACGGUGGAGCCUGGCACCCCACUGACCCCCCUCACCCCGACGACACCUUCAUCGGGGUUCACACUCUUGACAUUACCCUCCCAUCUGGAUGCCGCCAUGUUGGCUGCACACACAAAACUCGAAGGGACAGUGGUGUCGGUUCAGCAGAUUCAGCCGGACGGAAGUGCUGUAGCGAUCAUGCAGUGACGGAAGAGGUAAACUAAAACAACCCUUUGUUAAUUUUGUUAACAAGAUGACAACAAAAACCCACCUUAAAACAUGGGGAAUCUUUUGUGAUUUAAGCUACAUGAUCCAGCAGUUAGUUCUGAUCCCUGAAUUCACCCAUAACAGUGGCUUUACUCUGUAGCUUGGAUGUUGUGCUAACAAUUAGUUGGACACUAUGAAGACAGGCAAAUAUCUACAGAGAUUUUCCAGCCAUAUUUUGCUCUUUUGUUUGUAGGGCUAACCACCUUGCUAUUGUCUAUACUCCUAGCGGAGGCUACUGACAAGGUAUCCAAGAGUAUUUGUUGCUAGUCUUAUUUGUGUGAAUAAGCACAGAUCACUUUCUAAAUGUGCACUUUUGGAACUAGUCUCCUCCACAAGCUAUUUUUUCAAGAGAAACAACCUCCAUGUUGGGAAAUGGGGCUACUGGAAGUGACCGUCGGUUGUUGACCAGUUUUCGCGGAAACUGCACCACAAUAAUGUGAACAUGAUCAACAGACGGCCAUGAUCUGGACAUUUAUAGCAUUAUUAUUAAUGAACAAGGUGUACAUAUCACAUAAUGUGAAUGAUAUCAUUCCAAAGUACAGCUCUUGAAGUGUACAUAUUGCAGAGAGGGAAUUCACAGUGACGGUUAAGGCAGUGGACACUAUUGGUAAUUACUCAAAAUAAGUACUAGCAUAAAACCUUACUUGGUAACAAGU